AUGACUGAUGAGACGAGGUUGGAAUGUACCGUACGGUGUGCUCCUGUACAGUGGAUUCAAGGGGGCGCUGUGGGGUUGCGCCUUCACCCUCUUGUCCCUGGUGACUCCCAACCUCUGGAUCUAGGAGAAGCUGUGGACCUCCAGCCUGGGCCCGUGAGAUAUAUGCAGGGCGGCGGACAGAAGAACCAACGUGGAGAGGUGACAGGGUCCACGAAACCAGGCACCUGUCCAGAAGAUAACGCCCUCUGCAGAAGGCAUUAUGAGGCCAAGUGCCAGAGAGAUGAAGAGUGCAGUGGCAAACAGAAAUGCUGUUUCUAUUACUGUCACUUUGACUGUAAGUAUACAGUAGAAGACAGGUUGUCAGAAGUGAAGCCAGGGUUCUGCCCAGACAUUCAAGGCCAGUGUGGGAAGAAGACUCCGUCAGACGCAUGUACCUGUGAUGGAGACUGUCGAGGGUUGUACAAGUGCUGUCCAGGAGCCUGUGGAAAGCAGUGCCUCAGACCUCACUCAGGGAAGCUGGGAACCUGUCCAGUGGUAAUAUAUCAAUGUACCAAGACAAGUCCCCCCCACAAAUGUCAUAGGGACAGAGACUGCCUUGGAACUCUGAAGUGUUGCCCAGGCAUUUGUGGCAAAAAGUGUAUGGAUGCUCUGAACCCUGGCUUGCCAAAGCUGGACAAGGAAACAGUAGAGAAAAUUAUCAAGUUUAAAGAGGCCAGACAAAGAAGUUCAUCACAACUCCACAUAGCACAGCUCCCUGCCUCGGGAGCGUGA